CAAAAAAUCCUCACGGCCGGGCGGCCGGCCCUGUUUAUCGGCAAACCAAACUUUUGUUCGUUUCAUUCAGCUUCGGCGUUAUUUUGUUUAUACAUAUUUUCGGUUUAAAGCUAUGACUUCAAGAAAUAAUGCUUGGCUUUUGCCAUCUAAUUGAUUUGUGGUUCACGUGAUAGUAAUUCGAGGAUUCAAAGAUAAUUGCUUCACUUUGUAAAAUUAAAGUGUUGAAAGGCGAACCGAAAUAAAUAAAAUAAUAGCUUUCAAAAUGAAUACUUGCCUUGUGUGUUCCGCCAGGGAUGUGGAGCCCGAACAUUUUGCUACAGAAAAACACAAGAAAAACAGUUCUCUCAAACAAUUUGCUCUAAACAAAUCGCAAUUUGUGACGAAUCGAAAAGGAGUUGCUGCUGUAUUCUGCGAUGUUAAAUCAAGUUUUGGUACAGAAUUUGGUAACAAAGAUGGAAAAAUUAAAAUAUCUGCGAAACCUAAUGAAAAAGUGGAGUUUACAUUCCUGCUGUCCAAUGAGAGUAGUAUGGAUGACCUAUUAAUUACUUACAUUCAACUGGUUCACAAACAAUUCAAUUUUGUGAUGGCUAACAAUCCUUUUGGCGCUGGCAGCAAGCCACGCCUCCUAGCACCCAGAAGCAAACUAUCAGAUAAAAUAACAGUGACAUUCAGUUCGCCAAAUAUUGGCCAGUAUGAAACUCCAAUAUUAUUCUACUUUGUGAAAAAGGACAAUAAUGAAAAUGUUAUACUUAUGAGAGAAAUGGUAGUAUUUGUUGAAGGCAGCCAAACCGUACACGAUAAUAUUAUUAGUCCUUACGAAAGAAAAGGCGUCUGGGCUAAGGAACUCAUCAAAUCUGCUUCUUCUGAUCGCUGCGACGAUAUGUUUCAAAUACCAAAAAAUUGCAAACAAAUAUACGCGACCAACUUGAAACUACCGGAAAAGGCGUCACAAAGAGAAAAGGAUUUGUCAGCGGAUAUCAGGAAAAUUUUUAGUAUAGGUAUCACAAAGGAGAAUUAUAUAAAAUUCUUCCACAAUGUUCUGUGGUAUGAAGAAACCAUUAUACGGGUCAACAUAAAGAAAUACAACAUGUCUGGCGUUCAGAUCGUCGUACAGCACAGUUUACACGGCACUUGUUACAAGCUUGAGGUGCCGGGGCUCGGGGAAAAGAGACCUUCUUUAAUGUUAGGAGAUUUGCUGUUCAUUAAACCACAUAACCAGAACGAGGUUAUGUUUGGAGCCAUUGUCAAAGAGAUCAAUGAUAGCGAGGCUAUUAUCGGAGAUUUGCAUCCAAAGUUCUCUCAGCACUACCGGGCGGGAGCUCUGUUCGACGUGCGGUUCUUCAUGUCCCGCGUGCCGCUGGAGCGCAUGCACCACGCUGUCCACGCCGUCUUCACUGAAGGCCACGAGUGCAGGAUCUUCCCCAAGGAGACCAACAGGGUCAAGCAAGUCAAACCCAUCGUUAAUUUCUUCAACCCGCUAGUGGAAGGCAACUUGGAGCAGCGUUGCGCGGUAGAACGCAUCGUGUCGGGUACUGCCGACACUGCGCCUUAUCUGUUACACGGCCCGCCCGGCACCGGCAAGACUGUCACCAUUGUCGAAGCUGUUUUACAGCUGGUGCUGAAAGACCCGAGUCACCGCAUCAUGGUGUGCACAGACUCCAACAGCGCGGCCGAUCACGUGGCCACCAUGCUUAUCAAAUACGCUCACAUGUUUAAAUCUGACUCCUGGCUUCUGCGUGCUAACUCCAAGUUCAGGGUCUGGGAAACUCUGCCAGAAUGUCUCGUGGAGUACUCCAACGGUUCAUGCCGCGGCAACUUCGAGCCGAUAGACGUUGAAGAGUUCGUGACGUACAAUAUCGUCAUCACCACGCUUUCACAUGCCGCUAAGUUCGCUAGACAAUCGCGUUCCCGCGGCAUGGCCCACCACAUCACGCACCUGUUCAUCGACGAGGCGGCGCAGGCCAGCGAGCCCGCCUGCCUCAUCCCCGUGUGCGGCCUACUGCGGCCCCGCGCCACCCUCGUGCUGGCCGGGGACCCGCACCAGCUGGGACCCGUCGUCAUCUCGCACAACGCCGCCAACAUCGGACUGGGCACGUCUCUAAUGGAGCGGCUGAAGAAGACAUGUCCGCUAUACAGCGAGAUCCGUAACGAUCCCAACUAUAUCGUGAUGCUGCGGAAUAACUUCCGCUCAAACCCUGACAUUAUUGAAAUACCUGAUAGACUCUUCUAUAAGGGACAGCUCAGGGCAUUAGCCAAAGAGGAUCGCAUCAGCAACAUCGAUAUCCUAGGAGAGAAGCAACACAGCCGCGCUGUGGUGUUCCACGGAGUGCUCUCCAAGGAGCAGAAGAUUGGCAAGUCGCCUAGUUACUUCAACAUGUUGGAGUGCGAGAUAGUGCAGCUGUACGUGCGGCGCCUGGUGACCGUGCACAACGUGGCCAUGCAGGACAUCGGCAUCGUCACGCCGUACAUACGACAGGUGUACCAAAUAAAGAAGUUGCUGAAAGAGAUAAGCUACGACAAGAUAGAGGUUGGCACAGUCGAGGCGUACCAGGGCAAAGAGAAACGCAUCAUCAUCAUAUCGACUGUCCGCGCUAACUGCAACCUGCUCGACCACGACGCCAAGUUCCAACUCGGCUUCCUUGUUGAUGAUAAACGCUUCAACGUAGCCAUAACCCGGGCCAAAGCUAAAGUGAUCAUCAUAGGCAAUCCCCUCUGCCUUGAGAAGGACAUCAAGUGGCGUAUGUACAUGCAACGUUGUCGGGAACUAGGCACGUACCACGGCUUCGAUUCCUUCAGCCUUGGCGGGGAAACCCUGGAGACUGUUGUCGAAGACAUCGUCGGUACCAUUACCCCGAUGCUGCAAAAUAUCAAAAUAGCACCCAAAAAGCGUGUACGCAGGAAGAAAACACAAAAGAAGUAAGUCUUCUAGAUGUGGGACGAACUGGCUUGCGUGCACUUAGCGACAAAAUUGUUUGGACACUAACAUUAUUUUGUAUCUAUUUACACACUAUAAUUUUUGAAAUUUUUGAAAAACUAUUUCUGCAGAGUACUGUAAUAUUUAACUCUACCAUCAAUGUAUUUUUUUAUGUUUUUGGCACGUAAGCUAGUCCUCAUCCCUAUUAUAUGCUGUGGAUAAAUACUGAUCUGUAGUCCACAAUCACUGGACGUAAUCAGUAAUCCACAUCAUAAAGCAUAGUUUACACAAAGCCAACACUGGCUGCCAAUAAGACUGGCAACCACCGCUGGCUUGGUAUUUGCCUCAGUUUUACAAGAGCUAGCGAAAAUAGAGCGCCCUUCUAUUUUCUAGACAGUGACCUCCGCAGGACUGGCGCCAGCAUUACUUGCUUCGUGUAAACUAUGCAUAAGUUUUACAUUUAGGUGUACGUUUGAAUUUGGAAUGCCAUGACUGUCACCAACCCGCCUACAAAGCAUGGUGAUAAUAGAGUAACAACCAUAGAUUUAAGUUAAUGUCAAGCAUAAAGUAGCAUUUUUAUGUGAUUUAUAAGUACUAGUAGAUUUUGAGGUUUUAUUCAAUUGAGACUGUGGUAACAUUCCACUUCGUUAUACUAAUGUAGUUUUGUAAUGUCGGUGUUGUCUUGUGUCCUAUGUACAUUAUUGUAGCACGUUCGCUGCUUGCGAUAACUUGCAAGAUUUCCUAUUUAUACCUACCUAUGUUUUUAUAGGUAAUGUGUUAGCAACCGAAGUCUAGGCCAAUAUAAUUUUAGCUUAAUACUAUUAAUAUUUUUAAAUACUUUUUAUAUUUUUUUGAAGUUCGAAGAGUCUGAUAGUCUGAAUAUCCUAAAUGAUAUUUUAACCUUUACGGUGAAGGCGUCAACAUAUUUUUUUAUUUACACUAAUAAGGCAGCGAACGUGCUACCUCUCCUCGUGUCGUCUCAUGAAUGUGAUAUUUUUGUACUUGCUGUCUUACUCUUGGACCAUAGAGCAAUUAAACAGGAGUUUUUCCUAAGGAAACUAUCUGCCGACCAUAGGUCAUAAUGGCCUUAGUCAAUUAAGAUUCGAAAUCGCCAAUAAAAAAAUGUAUGAAAGUUCUGUCUUGAAAAAGAACUAAAAUUCUCUAAGAAAUAAUUUGUAUACUUAUGAAGUAAAAUAUUAAAAGGCUCAUGUCGAUCUUGUGAUAUCUCGGUAUAAGGAUGGUUUACAUCAAACUGCGCAAUUUACAAUGCUUUUGUACUGUUUUGUGAUAAUAAUUAGGAGACUGAAAACCUGUCAAAUCAGCCUUUCGCGGUAGGAAUCGCUAAGCGUAGAGUGGAGAAAUGGAUAAGAUUCAUAGUUAAUAUGGAAUUGAGAAUGUUUAUUCUAGUAAAGACUGAAAAACUCGAGGGCUGUGACUGCGAGCGCGCAUUAUGUUCGAUGUGAACCAACCAACCCAUAGCCUUAAAAACACUUUGAUAGCAUGCAAAUAAAAUUGUAUUUUUAUAAACAUUUUUGAUUUAUAUUUUGAUUAUAUAAUCUAUAACUAGAAUUUUUCAAAUUAAGGAAUGAAAAUUUAGCCAUCUUUAGGAUGAUUAUUGUUUGAUUUUACUGUUCAUUUGUUGUAUAAUGUUGGCCUAUAUGCAGGUCCUAUGCCGUCUCCAGUUUAUAUGCUCUAAUCUUUCUAAAAUUGAUUGUAUUCAGAUUUAUUAUUUCAUCGUAUUUAGAUGAUAAGAAAGUUAAUUUAGUAGAAGCCAAGCGCAACAAAUGUUUUGGUUAAGUCCAAAAUAAACUGUAGUUUUAGGUAUGAAGAAUCUUGACCAAAGAUUCAAUCUAGUAUUAAAACAUGGAUGUCGUAUUUCUAAUAAUGUUUUAUUAUUUUUAUUUGUGUACCUCCGCAUAUACAGAGGGGUAUAUUUUUCUAUGAUAAUUUUUUAUGUGUAGACACAGAAAUGAGAUAGGUAUUCCUAUAAUUUUAAUUUGCUGACGAAUAAUGAUAAUAAUUUGCUGAUUAAUAUCAUAAUCCAUAAUCAUCAUGAUGAAUCAAUUUAUUCAUUUUUCACUAGACUAAGAAUGUAAGAUGUAGAAGGUAACAUGGUUACAGCCACAUAUUUGAAUAUGAUGAUACAUAUUAAAAGUUGUUGCUCUUUCGGUGACUACAGGGAUAUACAUGAUAUAUAUACCUAUAGUAUACCAAGAUUUUUCCAUAAAUUCUCCUAAAACUAAACAUGGAAUUCAAUUAGUGGCAUUGUUUAAAGCUUUAAGUUUUAUGUACAAAAUUCCUUUUUGAUGCGUUUGUUAUAAAAAUUCUAUUGAUUUGUGUGCCAUAAUUACGUUUGGAAUAUUAUGUUUGUCAUAAAAGGAUUAUAUUUACAGUACAAUCAUUUAAGGUUUAAGAUGUUUACAUAAUGAUUAUAUUUUGGAGAUUCAAUUAUAGAAAUAUCUUGGUGCUAAAUGUAUAAGACUUUGAAUUUCUACACGAAAUAAAAUUAGUAGUGUAAAA